AUGGUUUAAGUCAAGUUCAUAGUCUUGUUAAUCUGUGCAUUGACACUGACCUAAGGUACCUCUUAUUUUUAUGUCAAGCUUUUGAAGCUGAGGGCACACUCUUGUCGAUGUCAUUAAAUGAGAUUAGCAACCUCAAUUUAGGGGAUGUUAAUUGUUAAAACACAUCUUAACAAUAGUUUGUGUAGUUGGAACAAAAUCUCGAGUCAUGGGCCGAUAUCAUCGAUCACAAGGAUGACAUUUAAAAAGAUAUUAACACUCUGAAAUAAUUAGAAGUCAUCUUACUUUAAGUCAAGAAAUAAACAUAAAAGAAGAGUAUUUUAAUUUAUUUAAUUUCUAGAGAUUGCUCCAUAACAAUUGAAAUAAAUAAAUUAAGUUGUGACUAAAAAAAUUAAGUCUUUAGUUCUUCCAUAAACAGCAAGCAAAAUUGGAUAAGCACAUUGCGAUGAAAUUGAAAGAUAAUUAGAGAGAUUAAGCAGUGAUAAUGAGUCAGAAAGAAGUGAAUGUUGUGAUGCUCUUCUCAAAUUGGCUACUUUUCUCAUAAGACAAUUAUCUAGCAUUAAUUAAUAAUGCCAUCAAAAUCCAGUCACUGUCAUUAAAAUUAAAGGAUAAAUCAAAGAAUUACAUAUCAUCUAAGGAGGAUGUGGAGGAGGACAAACUAUUGACAUUCCUAUGGGAGGAGGAUCAGAUGAAAAAUGUGAUAAACCAGAAACACCAACCAAACCUACAGAUCCUACUACUCCUGAUACUCCAACAGAUGACCCAGUACCAGACCCUGAAAAAGAAGAAGAAACAACUGAAGAAGAAACUGAAGUUGAAGAAACAGAAACUGAAGAAGGUGAAACAACACCACCAGGACCAGAUGCUGAAGAAGAAGGUGAAACAACACCACCAGGACCAGAUGCAGAGGAAGAAGGUGAAACAACACCACCUGGACCAGAUGCAGAGGAAGAAGGUGAAACAACACCACCUGGACCAGAUGCAGAGGAAGAAGGUGAAACAACUCCACCAGGACCAGAUGCUGAAGAAGAAGGUGAAUCAACUCCACCAGGACCAGAUGCAGAGGAAGAAGGUGAAACAACUCCACCAGGACCAGAUGCUGAAGAAGAAGGUGAAACUACACCACCAUCAGCUGAAGAGGAACUUCAUGAACCAGCUGAAGAAGAAGAAGAAUCAUUCGGUGGCGAUGAAAAAAAUAAUACAUCUGGGCCAGGAGAUAUUCCAGAAGAUGGAGAGGAAGAGGGAUUCUUACCAGAGGAAGAAUUUAGCCCAGAAGAUGGACCAUAACCUGAGGGGGAAGGAACUGAAGAGGAGGGAGGUGAAGAUGGAGAGCCUUCAAAACCUACAAGACAAAGCAGAGCAAGCAAACCUACCAGACCAAGCCGACCUGCAGAAAAUCCAGAAGAGGAAGGAUUACCUGAAGGAGAAGAGGAAGAAGGUGAGGAAGAGCCCUCAAAACCUACAAGACAAAGCAGAGCAAGCAAACCUACCAGACCAAGCCGACCUGCAGAAAAUUCAGAAGAGGAAGGAUUACCUGAAGGAGAAGAGGAAGAAAGCGAAUUCCCAGGAGAUAUUCCAUCAAAUAAAAAUGGAACUUCAACACUUCCAGAUUUACCUGAAGAAGGUGAGGAAGCUUGUGAAGAAGAAGGUGAAGCAGGUGAAGAAGGAACUACAGAACCACCUUAAAAUCCAGAAGGUGAAGAAGCAGGCGAAGAAGCAGGUGAAGAAGGAACUACAGAACCACCUUAAAAUCCAGAAGGUGAAGAAGCAGGUGAAGAAGAAGAAGNACCAGAUGCAGAGGAAGAAGGUGAAACAACUCCACCAGGACCAGAUGCUGAAGAAGAAGGUGAAACUACACCACCAUCAGCUGAAGAGGAACUUCAUGAACCAGCUGAAGAAGAAGAAGAAUCAUUCGGUGGCGAUGAAAAAAAUAAUACAUCUGGGCCAGGAGAUAUUCCAGAAGAUGGAGAGGAAGAGGGAUUCUUACCAGAGGAAGAAUUUAGCCCAGAAGAUGGACCAUAACCUGAGGGGGAAGGAACUGAAGAGGAGGGAGGUGAAGAUGGAGAGCCUUCAAAACCUACAAGACAAAGCAGAGCAAGCAAACCUACCAGACCAAGCCGACCUGCAGAAAAUCCAGAAGAGGAAGGAUUACCUGAAGGAGAAGAGGAGGGAGGUGAGGAAGAGCCCUCAAAACCUACAAGACAAAGCAGAGCAAGCAAACCUACCAGACCAAGCCGACCUGCAGAAAAUCCAGAAGAGGAAGGAUUACCUGAAGGAGAAGAGGAGGGAGGUGAGGAAGAGCCCUCAAAACCUACAAGACAAAGCAGAGCAAGCAAACCUACCAGACCAAGCCGACCUGCAGAAAAUCCAGAAGAGGAAGGAUUACCUGAAGGAGAAGAGGAGGGAGGUGAGGAAGAGCCCUCAAAACCUACAAGACAAAGCAGAGCAAGCAAACCUACCAGACCAAGCCGACCUGCAGAAAAUCCAGAAGAGGAAGGAUUACCUGAAGGAGAAGAGGAGGGAGGUGAGGAAGAGCCCUCAAAACCUACAAGACAAAGCAGAGCAAGCAAACCUACCAGACCAAGCCGACCUGCAGAAAAUCCAGAAGAGGAAGGAUUACCUGAAGGAGAAGAGGAGGGAGGUGAGGAAGAGCCCUCAAAACCUACAAGACAAAGCAGAGCAAGCAAACCUACCAGACCAAGCCGACCUGCAGAAAAUCCAGAAGAGGAAGGAUUACCUGAAGGAGAAGAGGAGGGAGGUGAGGAAGAGCCCUCAAAACCUACAAGACAAAGCAGAGCAAGCAAACCUACCAGACCAAGCCGACCUGCAGAAAAUUCAGAAGAGGAAGGAUUACCUGAAGGAGAAGAGGAAGAAAGCGAAUUCCCAGGAGAUAUUCCAUCAAAUAAAAAUGGAACUUCAACACUUCCAGAUUUACCUGAAGAAGGUGAGGAAGCUUGUGAAGAAGAAGGUGAAGCAGGUGAAGAAGGAACUACAGAACCACCUUAAAAUCCAGAAGGUGAAGAAGCAGGCGAAGAAGCAGGUGAAGAAGGAACUACAGAACCACCUUAAAAUCCAGAAGGUGAAGAAGCAGGUGAAGAAGAAGAAGGUUGGGUACCAGGAGAUAUUCCAAAAGGCAAAAAUGGAACAUCUACAUUGCCUGACUUACCUGAGGGUGAAGAAGGAGCCGAGGAAGGAGGUGAAGAAGUUGGAGGAGAAGAAGGAGGAGAAGAAGGUGAAGAAACUCCAGGUGAAGAUACUGAGGAAACCCCAGAUUAACCAGAAGAAUAAGAAGAAAAGUAAUUGUAAUUGUAAUAAAAUUAGAUGUUAAGAAACUGUUGAAAUCACUGCAACCAACGCUGCUGACAUUAUGUGUGCUUUAGGAUAAUAUUUGAGUUAAUUGGCUCAUGGAGGAUCACCUUCUGACAGUCCUAACGCUAAGAAGGUUUGCUUCUGCUUGAAAUAUGAACCAGGUAUAUAAAAAUUAUUAAUUUUAGAUAACGCUGAUCCUUCAUUGCUACAAUUAACUUAAAAGGUUAGCAAGAAAUAAAGAAAAGAAUAAGAUGGCAUAUUAAAAGCAUUAAUUCCUAAUAGGAGAAUUUGAAUAUGAACAAACUUUUUUUAUUUUUUGAUUUAAAUAAAAAAAGUAAACUUGUCGAU